UUGCGUUCCAUGCAAGUCCUAUGAUCCAUAGCCAAAAUAUGCCGCAUGGGCAUUAUGAAGUCAUGGCUGCGGUUUUGGUCGUCCUAUGGUGCUUGUGUGCUUGUCAACUUGCGGUUUCUAUUGAGCAUGAAAGCUCAUCGUGCUCAUCGAGUUACGACUACAGCGAGGCUCUUGAGAAGGCCAUUUUGUUCUUCGAAGGCCAGCGCUCAGGGAAGUUGCCUGCCCAACAGCGAGUGAAGUGGAGAGGAGACUCUGCACUCACCGAUGGCAUGCUCGAAAAUGUGAACUUGGUUGGAGGAUUCUAUGAUGCUGGUGACAAUGUGAAGUUCGGGUGGCCAAUGGCUAUCACCGUUACCUUGCUGAGCUGGGUAGCUUUGGAUUAUGAGGAGGAGAUCUCAUCCGUGAAUCAGCUCGGAUAUCUCCAAAGCGCGAUAAGUUGGGGGGCCGACUUCUUAGUUCAAGCUCACACUUCGCCUACUACUCUCUACACACAGGUUGGAGACGGGAAUGCCGAUCAUCGGUGCUGGGAACGACCCGAAGACAUGGACACGCCUCGAACACUAUACAAGGUUACUCCUAAUUCACGAGGAACUGAGCCAGCAGCUGAGGCUGCUGCAGCUCUUUCCGCAGCUUCAAUUGUCUUCAAAAGUGUUGACCCAAAUUACUCAGCCAAGCUCCUUAGCACAUCUAGAUCACUCUUUGAGUUUGCAGACAGGUACAGAGGAUCUUACCAGGGUUCUUGCCCCUUCUACUGUUCGUUCUCGGGUUAUCAGGAUGAACUGUUAUGGGCAGCAACAUGGCUUUAUAGAGCGACCGGAGAGGAUAAGUACAUGAAUUACAUUGUGAGCAACCAAGGUUGGAGCCAGGCAGUGUCCGAGUUCAGCUGGGACAACAAAUUUGCUGGUGUACAAGCAAUCCUAGCUAAGGAAUUUUAUGGUGGGAAGAAGAACUUGAGCAAGUUCAACAAUGAUAUGGAAUCAUUUGCGUGUGCUCUGAUGCGCGGUAGCAGCUCUGUGCAGAUCAGGGCAACUCCCGGCGGUCUACUGUAUACGAGAGACAGUAGCAACCUGCAGUACGUGACAAGCGCGUCCCUGGUGCUUCUGGCAUACGCGAGAACGCUGGGCUCGGCCCACGUCGAUGGAGUUCAAUGCGGAUCGGCCCAUUUCUCUCCAUCCCAGAUCAGAGCAUUUGCAAAAUCACAGGUGGACUACAUACUUGGGAACAACCCAAUGAAGAUGUCAUACAUGGUGGGGUUUGGGUCCAAAUUCCCCUUACAGUUGCACCACCGGGGUGCGUCCAUUCCCUCGAUCCAGACCCACGCAGCCAAGAUUGGGUGCAACGCCGGCUACUCCUAUUACAAUUCUCAGCUCCCGAACCCAAACGUGCACAUAGGCGCCAUAGUUGGAGGACCUAACUCGAACGAUCACUAUAGUGACCUUCGAUCAGACUACUCCCACUCCGAGCCCGCCACUUACAUUAACGCUGCCUUUGUGGGCUCGGUGGCUGCCCUUCUUGCUGACACCGAAGAAGGAUCGGGAAAGUGUGCAGUCGAUAAAAAGAUCAGAGGGACCAGCCAUCAAGUCGAUUCAGUUUAUUAGAGAACGAAUAGUUUAACCAAAUACAAUUUAUAUGAUAUGAUGCAUGUAUCAUCAUAGAUCGUCCUUAUCGAUCCAUACGCAUGAUUUGUUUAUGAAAUCAUUUACGAUAAGAUCAAAAUUAUAAACAGGAAGGUCUUAAUUCA